CAGUCAGGCAGAAGCCGGCGCCGCCGAAGGAACGGAUUUGUUUUCUAUUUAAGCUAUGUUCUCCUGGAAAAUUUUCCCUUUUGUUCGAAGCGAUCGGAUCCCUUAUUUGACGACGAGUUGCUCCCAGAUUCCGAGAUGCCUGUUUUUAAGGUACGAUGUAUUGGCAAGGGUAGCAAGAUGACAGUUGUGGCAGCAAACCUUAACCAGUUGAAGGAAGGUGCCAAUACUAAGUUUCAAUUGCAAGUUGCAAGUGCAUCAUCAUUUAAGGUUUUUGAUGAUUCAGACGGUUCCCUUAUUGAUGACGAUGCCUGUCUAGAGGCUCUGGUUACUUUCGCGAACAACAAAGGGGAGCACCUGUCACUUGCAAUCGCCCAGCUGGGUGAGGAGUGGAGCAGGUCUGAUCUUGAUGUUGUUGCGAACAGAAGUGGAGGGGCUGACACGCCGAACCAAGGCAGUGAUAGGGUUCCAUCUGAAGAUGUUGAUACAAACAUUGCUCCAACUAGCAUGACUUCUACAGUCCUCCCAGCAUUGCCUUACCGAGAAGUUACCAAGAAGCUCAAGGAUGCGCUGAAGUCUCCGAGCCAUAUCAGGAAUCAAGUGAUCACUAGGGCCAGAAGAAGUGUUGUGAAAACUUUGACUGAGAAGUUAAAGAACAAGACACUUCUGCCUGGAACUUUAACCCAAGUCUGCAAGAAAAUUCAUUCUGCUUGCCCGGAAGCUUUUGUAGUCCAACUUAAGGAAGGCAAUACAGCCUCUUGCCUUUACCAAUUUUCCCGGUCGCUUUACAAUGCUUUAGGGUAUGCGAAAGAAGUUGAAGGAAUACGCAGAAGGCAGAGGAGGUCAACUAGUCAUGUAUCUGAGGAAGAUGCAGACAAUCCGGAAGAGUUACCAUUCAUUCGUAUGGAUACAAACGGCUGCGCAGAAGGAAUGUGGGCUCCGCCUCUUUGUGAUGAUCUUUUGGAUGAGCUGGAAGUGAAGCGAAGGACUCUCUUUGAUUUGGCAUCUCAGACCUCUGGUGAUGAUGCCUUAGCACACUCUUUGAUGAAAUCCACCUAUGCGCUUCAAAGGCACUGCAUCAAUGGAGCUCGCACAGUGGCUCAGUGGCAGGACCUGGUGGAAAAAUGGCCAAUUAUGAAGAAACAGUCAUUUCUUAUUUGCCAUGCCAGCAUUCUCCUUGGGAAGGAAGUACUUGCCGUCUGGAACAGUGAACUUUCUUCUUCUGAUGUGAUCUUCAACUUUCUGGCGGAUUAUGCAGAUAAGCAUACAGCUGGUAGAGCAGAGAAGAUGAAGAGCUGUCUUGAAGAAGCUCAAGAAGCUGUUGUGAGCUGUGAUAGUUCUGUGCCUAAAAGGGUUGCCUUGUUCCCAUUGUUGGCAUUGUAUUUAGGAGAUGCUGAAAAAGAAUUUUUCCUCUUGGUUAGGGAUCCCUUAGCAAGUGUGGAAGAAAUGGUUCUAAAAGCAAGUGGAGUAUCAAAAUGUCCCCUUCUUGUUGUGAAUGGGUUUUCCAUUUUUGAUGCUGCUGCAAGAGCUUUCGUUGUGGUGCGAGGAGAGUUGGUGGUGGAGGUGAGAAGCAUUCUGGACGGAGUACUGCUGGUGGUGCUAAGCUAUUUCGUUUACAACAUUGUCUACCCCAAGCGCAUUGCUCGCCUACUGGAGUUCAUGCAACGCUUCUUCCUCAACAUCAAUUCACCAACUCGUGUGAAUGCAAAGGUUUCUUCAUUGGCCAGUGCCCUGGCAGAUUUUGAAGCACGGAACAGCAGCUCUGAUGGCUUCUUUGUGAUAGAACUUGUUUUGCCUUCAAAGGUCUCAUCACAGUUGUCAACAUUCACCAGGCAUUUAAUUUCUUAA